UCGGUAAAAAUUGCAUCAAUUAUUUUUUCAUACUAUAAAACAACCUCAACUUUCUUGCAAACGCUUUAAACCCAAGAGCCUUAAAACCAACCCGCAUAAUUUGAUUGUAUUGCUAAUAUACAGUAAGAGCUUUGUUAUCAAUGGCAAGUGGUGGUGGUGAUAAUGAGCUAGAAGUGAGCAACAAGCAAGUGAUCUUCAAGGACUAUGUGUCUGGUUUCCCUAAAGAAUCAGACAUGUACCUUAAAACCAAUGGUACCAUAAAGUUGAAAGUCCCAGAAGGUUCAAAUGGGCUUUUAGUGAAGAAUCUGUACCUGUCCUGUGAUCCUUAUAUGCGUAAUCGUAUGAAGAAGUCAACCGAUUCCUUGGUGCCCGGUUCGCCCAUUGUUGGAUUUGGUGUGGCAAAAGUUGUAGAUUCUGGGAAUCCAAAAUUCAAGAAAGGUGACUUAGUUUGGGGAAGAACUGGAUGGGAAGAAUAUAGUUUGAUUACAGAUGUUCAGGAUUUGUUUAAAAUCGAACACACUGAUGUGCCACUGUCCUACUAUACUGGUAUUCUUGUUGGUCUGCCUGACCAGUGGGCAGCCUCACUAACCAGCAUUUUUCUGUUUGCUUUUGUUUUUUUCCUUUAUCCUUUCUGCAACAAGGUUGAUUUGCUGAAGAACAAACUCAAGUUUGAUGAGGCAUUCAACUAUAAAGAAGAGUCUGACUUGGAUGCAGCUUUGAAAAGGUACUUUCCUGAAGGUAUUGAUAUUUACUUUGAGAAUGUUGGGGGAAAAAUGCUUGAUGCAGUGCUACUCAACAUGAGGACCCACGGUCGCAUUGCUGUUUGUGGCAUGAUCUCACAGUACAACCUUGAGGAGCCGGAAGGUGUGUACAAUUUAACGCACAUGAUUUACAAACGGGUUCAUAUGAAAGCAUUUGUGGCUUUUGAUUACUAUCACCUUUACCCGAAGUUUCUGGAUUUGGUUCUGCCUCACAUUGCUGAAGGGAAUAUUGUAUAUUUGGAAGACAUAGCUGAUGGCCUUGAGAGUGGUCCAGCAGCCCUUGUUGGGCUAUUGUCUGGCCUCAAUGUUGGUAAACAGGUAGUUUUAGUUGCUCAAGAAUGAUUGACUUCAUGACCAAAAGCUCUAGGUCUCUUGGAGAUUCCUACUGUAAAUAAACCUUAAGCGUCUACACCUUUGGUGGACGUUUCAGGUCUUGGUGUUCAUGAAGAAUUGAGUUUUCUAAGUAGAUGUAAUGUCAUUGACGUCAAGAAUUUCAGAAAUAGCAGAUCUUAUGAUGCUACAAGCUCAAAUUCACUUCAACAUGCUAACUUCAUGCAAUGCAAUAAUUCGGUAAUCGUGACUGUAA